AUGAGCCUACUGGUCCUCUACUAUGCCAUCGGCCUGCCGAUCGGCACCUGGUUUACUUUCACCCAUGGAUGGGGGAUGCUCGGCCUCUGGAGUGGGCUCGCCACGUCCGUCUUCUGCGGCUGGCUCACUAUCACGGUGCAGGUGAUCAUCGACGUCGGAGAGGCGCUGGAGGCCUGCGACGCCGACGCCGACCUCUUUGUCGCGGACCUGAAGGGCUGCCGCUCGAGCGAGCCGUUGCCCAUUGCGCGCGAGAGCAGCGGGGAGAGCGAGUACAGUGAGUGGGAGCCGAGCCGUGAGAGCAUGCACGGUAUCAGCGGAUACAGUGAGUGGAACAGCAAGGAGGCCUCAGAGGCGCACCUCUCCAACCGCGGCCAGCAACUCCUGCUGCUCGCCUACUCGCUGCCUGGCCUCCUCAUCUUUGCGGCGGUGCUCGUGUAUUCCCAGCCCUGGCGGUGGAGAGAGUGGGCGAUAAGGGGAGGGGAGAUGUUACCGCCCGAGGUUACGUACGACGAGCAAUAG